CUCUGCCCUCCCCUGCUACAGAACACUUUGGGAGCAGAGCACAGGAGCAGUACUGCACAAACUUUAACCACUUCUCUUUGCUAAGCAUGGAGAACACAGGUGACCACGCAGAGCUCAUCAGCACAGGUAACCGUGAUGGAGUCCCAGGAUCGCAAAAGAGCUCCAGCAUGGACCGAACGGGAGGUACGGGAUCUGCUCGCCAUAUGGGGAGAUGAAUCAGUGCUAGCUGAACUCCGUAGCAGUAAAAGAAAUGGCAAAGUAUUAGAAAAGGUCUCCAAGGCCAUGAAGGACCGGGACCAUAACAGGAACACACAGCAGUGCCGCGUGAAAAUUAAGGAGCUACGGCAAGCCUACCACAAAGCCAGAGAAGCAAAUGGAAGGUCCGGGGCAGAGCCGCAAACUUGCCGCUUCUACGCGGAGCUGCAUGCCAUUCUAGGGGGUGCAGCCACCACUACCCCAACCGUGUGCUAUGACUCCAUCAAUGGAGGAACACACAGGGAAGACGGUUCGGGGAAUGAGGAAGAUGAGGAUGGAGGUACUGUAGGUAGCUCACAGCAGCAAGGAAGCGGAGAAACCGGUUUCCCCAACAGCCAGGAUAUGUUUGUCACCCUGGACCUGGAACCAGUAACCCCCGAACUCACCCAAGACCCUCAGGGCACACAGGAGACCUCUGCUGCAAAUGUUUCUCCUUCGCAGAGGCUAGUGAACAUUAGAAAGAGAAAACGGAGGACGAGGGACGAUAUGUUCACGGAGCUGCAGAUGUCCUCCCAGGCUCAUAGAGCACAGCAGAAUGCGUGGAGGCAGUCAAUGUUGGACAUGAGAAAAGCACAAUAUGAACGAGAGGAGAGGUGGCGGGCUGAAUGGCGGGAUGAAAAGAGCAAGUGGCGGGCUGAAGAGGAUAGGUGGCGUCAGCUUGCAGACAGACGGCAAGAGUCAAUGCUCCGUCUGCUGGAGCAUCAAACUGAUAUACUCAAGCGUAUGGUUGAGCUGCAGGAAAGGCAGCAGGAGCAGAGACCGCCGCUACAGCCCCUGUUUAACCAACAGCCCUCCUCCCCAAGUUCCAUAGCCUCCUCACCCAGACACCCAAGAACACGGUGGGGGGGCCUCCGGCCACCCAGUCACUCCACCCCAGAUGAUCGCCCAAGCAUCAGAAGGCUGGCCUUCAAUAAGAGUUAAAUUUUUAAAAUGCAGUGUGUCCUUUUCCAUCCCUCCUCCCCCACCCAUCCCAGGUUACCUUGGCAAUUAUCCCCCUACUUCUGUGAGGAAUUAAUA